AUGAAAACAAAAGUAUACCUUGAUAUCAUCAUUGACUCAUUCAAACACUUAGACUUGCUGAAAUAUUCUCUGUGUGAACAACAAAACAAUCGAAUCGAAUUCAAUUCAAUUCAAUAUGAAACCAAUCUCUCAAAAGAAUGUGUCCUUGCCACUUAUUUUUGUUAUUCUAUUGAUGUGCAACGUUCUUCAAUGCGACAAAAUAUCAAUCGUCUCAGAUAUGAAGAUAAUCCUUGA